AUGACAUGGGCCCAGACCCAUGCUUCACGGGUAAUCAAAGAGCAGACCCUUGCAGUCAGCUGCAUCCCUCGCUAUGACCCACGAGGCCCAGACAUCCUUGGAUCAUGUCGCAUUGACCAAUGCUCGGUUGAAGACUGUUCAAGCUCACAUGUCAAGCGUCGGCAGCGCAAGGGUGAUACAGUCGUGAUUUUCUUCGAUGAGGACCAUUCAUGCUAUGAAUAUUCAUCCUCUCGACCCCUGUUCCACGUUGCAGUUUGCGAUGAAUUUGGUGAUAUUGUAGUUGCAGUUGAGUUUGAAUUUGUUCCCAGGGCUAUAAUUGUUGCCACAGCAAGGGCGUGGAAGACCCUGUACGUGGCCGUGGCCAUGGCGGUGAUAACCUCAGGCGUACUGUUGGUUUGGGCUGCCCUCCGCGUUACUUUCAAUGGGUCGUAG